AUGGAUGUCUCGCUGCCAAAGAGAGUUUCGCGUUGCAUUUUCCAGGCUAUUGAAAUUCUUAAAUUUACCUUUGUUAACAUUGGAUUGCCAUUCCUAAACGGUGUCAUGCUGGGACUUGGUGAAAUAUGUGCGCACACCUUUGUGCAUCAUCUCGGAUGGGCCAGAGGUCAUACGAAGAUUUACUCAAUUGCUCAACGAAAAUACAUUCAGGCUUAA